UCAGCUGUGCGGCAGUCCCAGCCAAUCACGGUGGGAGACUAUCUAUAAAGGCGGGCGUAGAGCACUUGUCGGCAUCUUGCUUGCCGUAGGCUGGGUCACGUUGCGCCUGGGCGUCCAUUUCCGCUUCCGUGCGGUGACAGGCUCUUGCUUGCCGGAGGCUGGGUCACGUAGCUCCUGUGCGUCUAUUUCCGCUUCUGUGCAGACAGUGAUAGGGGAGCUGCCGGUCACGGCUGCAUCUCUCUUAUAUGUUGCCUUUCCAGUGCUAAUUUUAGUUAUUGUGUUGUAUAGGGCUCACUUGGAUGUUGCUGCUGGCUGCGCGCUGCUCAUCGAUAUAUAGCCGAUGCCGCCUACUGAACUGUCGCUUUUGGAUAGCGUCCCGUUCCCUGCUCCACGCCACGUUGGCCGGGACUGCCCGAUUGGGUGGCAGACAGUAGCGGCGCAGCGGCGGCCAAUCCACCUAUAAAAACCACUGCUGCUUUGCUUGCACGUUAUUACCGCCUUGCCAGGGCCAGCUCGGACCCGAUCGCUUUGCCGUUCAUUCGGCUAGCGAUAGUUUGUUCCUUUUCCGGUUGUGUCGCUAUCUCUUUUGUUUAGUUGGUGCCACUACAUAUUAAAGUGUGUAUGUUAUGUUAUGUAAGAGUUUUUGCUGAUUUCUCCGUGUUUACUUAUUAUAGUUUUUGUUUAUUUAAUUAAUUUCUCUUAUUAUUAUUUUGUUUCCAUUAUGUUUUCUAACUGGUUGCUCUGCGAUCCCCCUCAAAUCAGGUGCUGAGCCUACGGUGGUGGACUGGUGUCCUGGUCACGGUGUCCCUUUUGUAUUGUGUUUGCAUUUGGUUUAUUUUUCAUUUGUUUUACGUGUGGUGUUCCUGGGACCCCCUUUCCUUUGGAUGCAGGUGUUCACAGUAGGUCUCAGCACUGAUUGGAUCUCAGCACCCAAUUUCCCUCCUUAGUGAGUAAUUCUCUAGUUUUAAGAACAGACAUUUUGUAUAAAUAAAAUUAUUUUUGUAUGAUUGAACAGAUCGUCUCUGCCUCAUUGCAUAACGGACCUCAGUGCCUUUCCUUCAUUUGUGCUGGUCCACUUAAAAUAAAUCUCUGGGUGAAAUUCCCAGGGUGGCGUUGUCUGGCAUAAUUAAUGCUACCGAUACUGCCUUAAGAAAAGGGGCAUCACUCCAUAGCUCGUGCUGCCACAAUCUGGCGUUGUCGGCAGGAUUUGCAAUUUGAGGGCAGAGACGUGUGUUCUGUUUAUUUUUUAUUUUUCAUUAGUUUCUUUAAAGAAAGAUCGUGUCUGUGCUAACGUAAGUGUCUGUGUCUGACUUGUGUUUUGUUUUUUUGUUUUUUUCAUUUCUUUCUCUUUUCGAGGCAAAGCAGCAGCUGGUUUUGUGGACCUGCAACAAGCCCAGUUCCCCUUGCCCUGGACUCUUCUCCACGGUAGAGAAGGUUGUAGCUUGUAUAGGCUUAGUUAUGGAGGCAGAGUUGCAGGAACUGAGGGAUUUAGUCGCACAGCUAAGGGCAGACAACGAGGGGCUGAGACAGGAACAGGUUGCAGCCAUGCCUGGCCCUAGUACAGCGCCCCCAGUUCUUCUUGCGCCCGCUGCAUCCUCCAGUGCCAGUGCUCCUUCAACGGAGAGACUGAUUUUUGUACCUAGAGACAGAAAAUGUCCCACAUUUAGGGCAAGGUCAGGCAUAGGGUUAGCUGAAUGGUUGGAGGAGGUGCAAGCCUGUAUGAGAGCACGCCACUUGUCUGCAUCCGAUCGGGCAUUCUUCUUAUUUGACCACCUAGAGGGGGAGGCGCGUGAGGAAAUUAAGUACCGCUCCAGUGAAGAGCGUUCAGACCCAUCUAAGAUAAUUGCGGUAUUAGAGGAGCUUUAUGGGUGUGCAGAGUCAUAUGUAGCUUUACAAGAGGCAUUUUUCUCCCGACGACAGCAUGAGGAAGAGACUCUAUUAGAGUUUUCCCUCGCAUUGAUGGGUCUCAUGACCUCUGUGAAGCAGCGUGCACCCAGUGGCAUACCCAAUGCAGAGGUUUUGUUGCGGGAUCAGUUUGUGGAGCAUGUGCUGGAUGGGCCACUUCGUCGUGAGCUAAAGCAGUUUGUGCGCAGGCAGCCUACUGCUACCUUACUGGAGGCUAGGAGUGAGGCGAUCAGGUGGGAACGAGAGGGCUUACCUGGAGGUGUUAGAGGUCGUAGUCAUUCUGUUCCUUCUGUCUUCAGUGCUCAGUGUGUGGUCCAGGGCAGCCAUCAGGCAGGUGUCGGUUCGCCUCAAGCCUCGGAGCUGUGUGAGAUGAGGGAAAUGCUGAAGUUGCAACAGGAGCAGUUGAACCAGCUGACUCGGAGUAUUUCCCGUCUGCAGGCCUCUCAGCAGCAAAGCCGAGUGCCUUUUCGUGGUCCCAUCAUCUGUAGGAGGUGUCGGCAACCAGGUCACAUUGCUAGGGAGUGUGGAGCUCGUGUUCCUGCAUGCGCUCAACCUUCUUUACCGGUCUCUCGGCCAAGUGGGCCAUUCCAUUCCGCCCAGGUGUCGGAAAACUAGCACCCGCCAAACUGCAGAGUCACAGUUCGGAGAGGGGAGUUACUGGCUCAGAUUUAGGUCCGGGUGACGUGGAAGUGUCCAAGCUCAUGUCAUCUUGUCCUCAUGUAGGUGUGAGGAUGGGAGGGGUUGCUGUCUCUUGUUUAGUAGAUACAGGGUCUAUGGUAUCAACUAUUACAGAGUCUCUUUUCGAGCAACAUUUUGCGCCAUGGGGCCAAGAGCGGCUUAAACCUUGCCACUGGCUGCAGCUCAGAGCAGCCAAUGGCCUGGCCAUCCCUUACAUCGGCUACUUAGAACUGGACGUAGAGCUUUGUGGGAAGCGGCUGCCAGCCUGUGGGAUUCUGUUGGUCAAGGACCUUCCUGGUGGUGUAUCUUCUCAGGUUCCUGGUAUUUUAGGGAUGAAUAUUAUCCGAAGGUGCUAUGCAGAGCUCUUUGGGCAGCAUGGCUUGGCUUUGUUUGACCUGCCAGUGGUAUCUGAGGUCCCUAAGCCUGUUAUGCAGGCCUUCCAAAAGUGCCAUGAAGCCAGUGUUACAGCUGGUCGGGGAGCAGGGAAAGCCAAACUACGUGGUAAAAAGGCUUGUC